AUAAAUAAUUAUACCUGAUAAAUAAACCAUUAAAAAUCGGUUCUUUUUCAAAAUUUGGCGAGGAAGAAAUGAUGGUUGCAGUCCAUGGAAGAAAACAAGAACUAAACGAUUGAAAUUAAACUCUUUCUGGCCUCAUUGUUAUUGGAUAGCGCAUAGAACUAUAUAUAGAGAGAAAUAAAUUGUCAUUACUGUUUUCUUUAAAAGGGUUUCAUAGAUGUCAAAGCAAUAAAAUGUGGCAAACCAUUCAUCGUUUCAAUAAGAAUAGCAAUUUUCUAUAAAUAGGUGGAUUUGUUUGCAUAUAUUUGUACCAGACACGACAGGAUAACGUACUCGAAAAAAGUAAUUUCCGAGUUAUACGCUUUAAUUUUGAAAGUUCAACCCCAGUCAAUCGAUAAACAAGCAUGGGCGAAUAACAAGUCUAUAUAUAUAACACAGCGAACUUUGCAAAUUCAAAAGAUAGGGCGUUUUAUUGAUUUUGCAGUAUAAAUGUCUGUCGGAAUAACAGCUUUUUAUUUUGCAGUUAAAACGCCAACUCUAUCAGCUGCUACUUUGAACUACCGGUGUUUUCUUAAACAAAUUGUGAUCAAUAGUUCUAUCAUUGUCUUUUACAAAGAAGCGCAUCAAAUAUAUCGGUACACAAUCUAACCUUGAAGACAUUUAUGGAUGAAUAAUUUACUUGCAUUAAUUAAUGCUAUAAAAUGUAAGGUUUGACUGUUAUAAUGGAGAUUUAUUUUGCUUGAAUUUAUGUGCUUGAUCAAAUUUAUUAUCAGAAAUCUGAAUGAAAAUGUUAUCGGGAACAAAAAGAAACAUGAAAUCCUUGCCAUUAUUUAAUUGCUUUGUUAUCCAUUAAAUCUGUUUUUUGACUUUUAACAAAAACUCAGUUACUAUGGUAGAUUUAUUGGUUAUUCACAAAGGAAGUGAAGUUGAAUUGAAGUUUCUGAUUUUGAAAAGUUGAUAGGCGUGACUUUUGAAAAAGGUAAGGUAUCUCGCUGUAAAAAUGGAAACCCCAGUUCCGUGAUCGUGUUGUUGAUAAAAGGGCGCAAUAUCAACGGUAAGUAACUGUUAUAUUUUAUGUCCUUCCGCUGUACCUCAGGAACUAUUCCAUAUUACCUUUCAAAGGUUUCAAUACCCAGGCACAUAUCCUCGUUUGAAAAAUAUAAUAUAAAUGUCACGAGAGGAAUCACAUUAAAGACGAACGAUCUUAAAAAAAAGACUCCAAGAAUAUUCAGUUCCAAAAACAAAUCUAAUAAUGAACAUUGAAAAUCAAGUGAGGACAUAAUGCCUGUUUGGUGGGGGUGUCGUUAAUCGCGUAUCGUUCACAAUAUACAUAACGAUCACAAUUGCAACUUCUACUGCAAAAUUAACUUAUCACAGUUGAGAAAAACCUAAGGUGUGCAACAUAAAAUAUUUCUGUAAUGGUCGUUGUUUUCGCCUGUUGCCUAUUAUAUUGAUUUCUAAUUAAUUUAAUUAAGAUGAGAAAUUACCCCUAAAUAGUUCCUGAAGAACAGUUAUACACAAUCGUGGCUAAAAUAAACUCGUUUUUGUGAACAUUGAAGUAUUUUUAUAUGCAAAAUGUGUUUAUGCAAAUCAUCAUGAAACUACUUUUAUAUUUUCCAGAUAUCAUCUCCAUAUCGCCUUCUACCCUAGCCAAUGCCUCCAAAAGACCAACGGAUAACAUGUUUAAGAUAAUUAAUUCUUUAGAGUUUUGUAUGGUCUAAUGCCAAAUAAGUCCGUUAGUCGUAUGCUUAUAUAUCAUUAAUUGUCGCCGCUAGUUUACUACAAUUCCCAAGGAAAGUUUGAGUCAGUAACCAAGGGAGUUAUUCCUGUGAUCAAUGGUACCGAUAACAUACAAUACCGGUUAGUGUGUGUAUUGCCUAAUGUAAAUUGCAGGCUGUUUGAAUCAAAUGUAAAACAAGAAAAUCGAUGACAAACCAGCCAUAUUUGCUUGAGCUGUGAAGGUUUAUUGUACCCCAUUUGUUCUGACAGACUUUAAGUGUAAUGCCUGGUAUUGCAUCAAUGCUGUAAUAUAGAAACAUAUCCUGAUGUACUGGUGAACUUCGUAACAGAAUGAAACGUGUACAUUACGAAACUUUAGCCGCAUUGUAAACUUGAUGGAAAUGGAAUGUUUUAACUUACUUUUGUAUAUUUCUUCUUAUGAUUUCGAAUGUUCUUUAAACUGUAUUAAGCUUUUUUAUACAUCACUUAUUUGAGGCAUUCCUUAUUUAUUCUUUGCCUUGUUUCUGUCACAUUUGCGCUGUCUCAGUGGUGUUAUUGCUCGCCAAACAUUGUAUUAUCUCCUGUAAUAAAUUGGAGAGUUUCUGCGUGCUUUCUUCUAAUGUAUAACAUAAUUCAACGCAUCAUCUUCAACAAAACAAUAUCGAUAUUUUGAAGUAAAAAUAUUGCUUGCUUGAACUUUCAGAAUAAUCUUAUAGAUAGGUGUUACAAUAGUAACUUUCAGGAAUCUAACCUCUUAAACCUUUUUUAAAGGUAUUUCAAAAUUGAAUUUAGAUUCGAAUUCUUAUGUCACUUUAAUUUUCAAACUUAGUCGAAAAUUGUCAGAUUUAGUCGUGUUAUGAAUAAAAUACACCAUUAGGUUAAAUAAAAGAUGUCUUUAUAGGUGGCUCAGUAAAAACAAUAGACAGCAUUUUUCACGUUUUAGUAAUAUCGUGAAAAUCUUAUCAAUCCAUCGUAAGAUUUAGUGUACUUGAUGCUAAUACGCGAUAAAUAGAUAUAUACAAAUCAUCAGACAAACACUUUCAAUACUUAGAGAAUACAUUGUUAAAAGACAUUAUUUGAAUUCAGUAUACAUCGCCCUUACUCUGUCGAACAAUUCAAAACAUCAUAUAUUUUAUUAGCAGUACAUUUAUUCCGCAAACACAAAUGAACCUCUGUGGACACAUGACCGAUUAGACCUCGCGUUGUUUUUCGAAGGUGACCAGUAUGACGUAAGAAGCCUUGGUGUUUGUAAACCCUGCUGACAACGAUACUGCCGACCCCUCCCUGUGUCCAUUCCCCGGCAUCCAAUUACAAUACCCAUGGUCCAUCAGUGGUUACGAGAUAAAACCUAAUCAGAGUCUCUUCUAUAGAGCAGUUAUGUGCUGUUAGGAAAAAUUGUUCCCAUUACACUUUCUUAAGCGUUCUGGCUGCAUGUAUAUGUCCUAGGUUUAUUCCUGAAUCGCCACGAUGGUUGAUCAGCAAGGGGCACUACGAGGCCGCCGAGGUGAUUGUCAAGCGUGCAGCGGAAGUGAACAAAACAACAGUUCCCGAUAAGAUGUUCGACGCUAACUCCGUGGAAAAAGUGAAAGAGGGCCACUUGUGGCAUCUGUUUAUGUCUAAGACCCUCUUCUUCAGGACCAUCAUCAUAUUCUUUAAUUGGAUGGUGAUCAGCAUGAUGUAUUACGGUGUGACCAUGCACUCUGGCAAUCUGGGAGGCAACUUUUUCCUUAAGUUCUUUAUCCUUGCUGUGGUGGAGUACCCUGCCAAUGGUUCAACAAUAUUUCUUCUCAACGCUAUGGGCCGGCGAAAGCUCUUGUCAUUGUGUAUGAUGGUUGGAGGAGUUGCCUGUAUGUGCACUAUUUUUACUGUUCUAUAUGGAGGAGAAGAGCUGGAACCGCUUACCCUUGGGCUGGCCGUGAUUGGGAAGAUGGGCUCGGCAGCUGCCUUCGGUGUUGUUUAUGUAUAUUCCAUGGAGUUGUACCCUACCGUUGUCAGGAACGGCGGAAUGGGAGCCAGCUCUUGUGUUGCAAGAAUAGGAGGCAUGAUGGCUCCAUAUAUUGCUCAAUCUGGAGAACUGAUAGGAGGUAAAUUUGGACAAGCCUUCCCAUUGGGUAUAUUUGGUGCAUCCUCAAUCACUGCAGGACUGUUAUGCUUGCUACUGCCGGAAACACUAGGGAGGAAACUUCCAGAAACCAUCGAAGACGGUGAAAACUUUGGAAA